CCGCCGCUGGUGAAUGUCCAGUUUGUGGAGCCCGGGUUAUGGCUCAGUUCGCACCGCAGCCUUAUGGACUUUCAGACGAACAGAAUUACCUCCAAGCGUACGAGGAUGUUCUGGAGAAAUACAAAGAUGAAAGAGACCGAGUGCAAAAGAAGACAUUUACAAAAUGGAUAAACCAGCAUCUGCUGAAGGUACGAAAGCAUAUAAAUGACCUGUAUGAAGACUUACGAGAUGGACAUAACCUGAUCUCACUGCUGGAGGUUUUGUCUGGAGACACAUUGCCUCGGGAGAGAGGGCGGAUGCGCUUCCACAGACUCCAGAAUGUACAGAUAGCACUGGAUUACUUAAAGAGGCGGCAGGUCAAACUUGUAAAUAUCAGGAAUGACGACAUCACAGACGGCAACCCAAAGCUGACCCUGGGAUUGAUCUGGACCAUAAUUCUGCACUUUCAGAUCUCGGAGAUCCAUGUCACAGGGGAGUCCCAGGACAUGACAGCCAAGGAGAGGCUGCUGUUUUGGUCCAGGCAGAUAACAGAGGGCUACGUAGGUGUACGAUGUGACAACUUCACGACCUCCUGGAGGGAUGGGAGGCUAUUCAACGCCAUCAUUCAUAAAUACAGGCCAGACCUGGUUGACAUGAGCUAUGUGUCGACACAGGGCAAUCGAUCAAAUUUAGAGCACGCGUUUUGUGUAGCUGAACAGCUGGGGGUUGGCAGACUGCUGGACCCCGAGGACGUGGACGUUCAGUCACCCGAUGAAAAAUCAGUCAUCACAUACGUCUCCACGCUGUACGAUGCUUUCCCCAAAGUACCUGACGGUGUUGAUGGAAUCAAUCCUAAUGAUGUUGAUGUCAAAUGGGUGGAGUACCAGAACAUGAUCAAAUACCUCAGCCAGUGGAUCAAACACAACGUGGCCAUAAUGACAGAUAGAUCAUUCCCCAACAACCCUGUGGAACUCAAGGCACUUUAUACACAGUAUCAGCAGUUUAAAGAACACGAAAUCCCACUGAAAGAGAACGAUAAGACAAAAAUCAAGAAUCUCUAUAAAAUGCUUGAGAUGUGGAUCGAGUUUGGACGUAUUCAGUUACCCCAGGGUCAUCACCCUAAUGAUGUGGAGAAGGAAUGGGGUAAAUUAAUUGUUGCCAUGCUGGAAAGAGAGAAGAGCCUGAGGCCUGAGGUGGAAAGGCUUGAGAUGUUGCAGCAGAUUGCCAACAGGGUCCAGCGGGACUGUGUUAACGGAGAAGACAAGCUGGCGUUGGCAAGAAUCGGCUUGCAGUCUGAUGCAAAACGUCUCGAGUCUGGUAUCCAGUUCCUAAAUGAAGCUGAGAUCGCUGGCUACCUCUUGGAGUGUGAGAACAUUCUCAGGCAACAAGUGGUGGACAUCCAAAUUCUUCUGGAUGGGAAAUUCCCCUUUGCAGAUCAACUUGUCCAAAGGGUGUCAAAACUCCGGGAUGAACUUCUUGCCCUGAGGUCCGAGUGUUCUUCUGUGUACAGCAAAGGUCGCACGCUGACCACAGAACAAACCAAAAUGAUGAUUUCCGGCAUCACACAAAGCCUGAACUCUGGCUUCUCUCAGAACAUCAACACAAGUCUGACAUCAGCCCUUACUCCUGCACUCACCCCGGGGGGGUUAGGUACCCCUGGGUCCACAUUCACCUCCAGCCUUACACCGUGCCUGACCCCGUCCUUUACCCCUGCCUUGACCCCCGGCCUGCAGCCUGCUUCAGUCCAGAGCUACAUGGGGAGUGGUGGCGGCAUGGACCCAGGCAGUCUCAGGCAUUUGAAACACAUGCAGAUCCGCAAGCCCUUACAGAAAUCCUCACUGGCAGACCCCAACAUGACAGAAGAGGAGGUCAACAUGAAAUUUGUUCAGGACCUCAUGAGCUGGGUGGAAGAGAUGCAGUUGCAGUUGGAUCGUUCAGAGUGGGGAUCUGAUUUGCCAAGUGUGGAAAUGCAUUUAGAGAACCACAAAAGUGUACACAGAGCCAUUGAAGAAUUUCAAAUGAGUCUUAAAGACGCCAAACUGAGUGAGAUUCAGAUGAACAUACCCCUGAAACUAACAUAUUCAGACAAACUGAACAAACUGGAGAAGCAGUAUGAAAGGCUGUUGAGCUGUUCAAGAGAGCGACAAAGCCACCUGGAAAGCCUGCAUGACUUUGUGUCGAAGGCAACUCAGGAGCUCAUCUGGCUGAAUGAGAAGGAGGAGGAGGAAGUUGCAUUUGACUGGAGUGAUCGUAACGGCAACAUCUCCAAGAAACGAGACUACCAUGCUGACCUGAUGAGGGAGCUGGAUGAAAAGGAGGAAGUGAUCAAGUCUGUGCAGGACAAGGCAGAACGUCUUAUGCACAAGAACCACCCUGCGAGGCUCACUAUAGAAGCAUACAAGGCUGCCAUGCAGACACAGUGGAGCUGGAUCUUACAGCUCUGCUCAUGUGUAGAACAGCAUCUCAAAGAGAACGCUGUUUAUUUUGAGUUUUUCAGUGAUGCCAAAGAGUCCCUGGACUACCUUAAGAGCCUGCAGGAUGCCAUUAAGAGAAAAUACAGCUGUGAUCGAACAAGCAGCCUACACAGGCUGGAGGAUCUCAUUCAGGAGUCCAUGGAUGAGAAAGAGCAGCUUCUUCAGUACCGCAGCACUGUAGCUGGGUUAGUGGGCAGGGCCAAGAAUAUUGUGCAGCUCAGGCCCAGGAACCCUGAAAGCCCCAUGAGAUCCUCCAUCCCUGUCAAAGCCAUCUGUGAUUAUCGUCAGAUAGAGAUUACCAUUUAUAAAGAGGAUGAGUGUGUGUUGGCCAGUAACUCUCACCGGGCCAAGUGGAAAGUCAUCAACACAGCAGGGAACGAGGCCAUGGUGCCCUCUGUCUGUUUCACUGUGCCUCCACCCAACAAAGAGGCUGUUGAUAUGGUUUCCAGAACUGAGCAGUUAUACCAGAAUGUCCUGGCACUCUGGCACCACUCACACAUCAACAUGAAGAGUGUGGUGUCUUGGCAUUAUCUAAUGGCUGAUAUAAGAGCCAUCCACAACUGGAAUGUGGCCUCAAUAAAGACCAUGUUACCAGGUGAGCAUCAGCAGGUCUUGAGCAACCUGCAGUCCCACUUCGACGAGUUCCUGGAAGACCGCGAGGAGUCUGAGGUCUUCACAGUGGCAGACUGUGCCCAGCUAGAAAGAGACGUUGCGGCCUGCAAGGAGUACUACCAGGAACUACUCAGAUCUGCAGAAAGAGAGGAACACGAGGAGUCGGUGUACAAUCAUUACAUCUCAGAGAUACGCAACUUCCGGAUGCAUCUGGAGGCCCAUGAAGAACAUCUGAUCAGGCAACUCCGCACACCGCUGGAGAGGGACGACCUGGAGCAGAGUCUGCAGCGCAUCACAGAACAUGAGAAGAAGACAGCGGAGUUGAAUAAACUGAAGGAGGACCUUGACGUUAUGAAGGAGAAGUGUGAGCUGUUCAUCAGACAGGCUGCAGGUUCUCCUUCUGUGCCGACGCUUUCCUCUGAACUCACCGUCCUCGUUCAGAGCAUGAGCCAAGUGUACUCCAUGUCUUCCAUUUAUAUGGACAAACUGAAGAAGGUGAGCUUAGUGGUGAGGCACAGCCAGAGUGCAGAGACGCUUGUUAAGGCCUACGAAUCCAAACUCUAUGAGGAAGAUGCCAUGAACUCUGACGUCAAGUCCAUCGAGACAGUCAUUUCAACACUUAAGCAAUGGCGGACAGAGAUUGACGAGAAGCAGGAGGUGUUCCAUGACAUGGAGGAUGAGCUGCAGAAAGCGCGCGUCAUCAGCGACCGCAUGUUUAAGGCCCAUAACGAGCGUGACUUUGACCUCGACUGGCACAAGGAGAAAGCUGAUCAGCUGAGCGAGAGAUGGCAGAACAUUCACUCCCAGAUUGAUAGCAGGCUUCGGGACCUGGAUGGUAUCGGCAAAUCUCUGAAACACUACAGAGACUCCUACAGUAGUCUUGAUGAAUGGGUUAGAGAAAUGGAAGCAGCGCAGCUAAACGCCCAAGAAAACAAACCAGAAGAUAGCAAGGCACUGGCUGAGCUGUUAAACAAACAGAAGGUCCUUGUUGCUGAAAUUGAACAAAAACAGGGCAGAAUUGAUGAGUGUCAGAAGUACUCAGAGCAGUACUCAUCCGCCAUUAAGGAUUAUGAACUUCAGCUGAUGACGUUCAGAGCGAUGGUCGACUCCCAACACAAAUCCCCUCUCAAGAAACGGAAGAUGCAGAGCUGUUCUGAUGCCAUUCAGCAGGAGUUUAUGGAUCUCCGAACCCGCUACACUGCUCUUGUGACUCUCAUGACUCAGUAUGUGAAGUUUGCCAGUGAAACACUGAAGAGAACUGAAGACGAGGAGAGAUCUGUUGAUGAGGAGAAGAGAGAGCAUGGUGAUAAAGUUAGCAAACUAUUGCACUGGAUGUCCAAUGUGAAUCAGACCCCGAACAAUGAUGGGAAUGCUUUGCAAGAUAGCAAUGCCAACACAGACGCUUCUAAUAGGCCCCAGGUGUCAGUCGAGGAAAUGGUCACUAAGAAGGAACAAAUUGCAGAAGCACUGAGAGCAACGCAAAUGAUGCUGACCAAACACAGUGACAAAAUGACAGAGGAGGAAAGAGAAAAGGCCCAGGAGCAGCUGAAGAUGCUGAAUCGGGCCUACAGUGAACUCUCCCAGCACUGUUCAGAUCAGACCACCUCUGCAGAAGAGGCUUCUAAAUCCAGUGAUGGAGGGCUUUGGGUUGGACCCAUAAGUGGCCUAAUUGGUCAGAUAUCAGGGGCCCGACCUGUGACCUCUAACCUCUUUCAGUUUGACUUGGACCAGGACGAUGCCUCCAAACAAGAUCUUGUUUUUAAAUCCACCCUGAACCACUUGCAAAACUUGAACGGAGAAAACAAGUACAUACAGAGUUCACAUGUCUCCUCUGUGUCGCUCGCUGACAUAGCAGCAGCCAGGGAAGGGGCCACGUGUGAAGAUCCGAUCAUCAAGAUGAUCGAUGUCAAACAAGACAGUGAUGGAUUGAAUGUGUGCUACACAGGGGACACGCUGACCCUGGAGAGGGCUUUUCAGUGUGGUUUUAUACCCGCUUCUGUCUAUGUAGAGAUUCUUCAGAGGCAAAAGACCUGUCAGGAUACGAUGAACCCCAGUGCUGCUGAAGAUGUGUCACACCUAGAGCCUGUGCAGGAGGUCAAUAGACUGAUAUUAAAGUGCCUCAGCAGAAAUAAAUCACUGACAUCAGGGAGGGAUGUUAACACUUUGAGGUUUUCGUGUGAUGGUUUAAGCGAACUGGAGAUGUCGGAGGAUGUUAUAAGUGAAGGCUUAAAGGUGGAUGCAGCCGUUCAAUGUGAUUUGAUGAGCUCCAGCAGCACACUCAUUGUGCUUGAAAAUCAAAGGCAGUUUAUGGGACUCGUGUUGCCUCCUUCUGGGGACAUCCAAACUGUGUCUACCUCAUUCCAGAUUGACCAACAAAUCACCACUGACGAGUUCACCAGCACACUGUUUAGUAAUCGAGAAAAGAUAGCAGCUUUUUACAUUCCAGAAAUUUCAGAGGUGGUCGACAUCACCUCCGCCAUUCAGAGUGGUUGGAUUGACACUUAUACAGCAGAGGUUUUGAAAACUGUAGAAAUUCCUGAUGUGUUUCCUGAAGUUGAUCAACUUAACGACAAGUUUUCAAAUUGGCUUAUGUACAAAACACUCACAGUUGAUGGAUGCCAUCAUGCUGCAGACUGCUUACAAGUUGAUAACAUCCCCACUCACACAGAGGCGAAGCUGUUAUUUAUCUCCUACCUAAUGUUGAACAGUUAUAUAGAUCCCAAGUCAGGACAGCGAGUCCUAAUACUCGAUAGACAGCUGAGUAAAAUGGUCAAAAUCUUUCUUGACGAUUCAAUAUUGUCUGAAAACACUGAGAAAAAUGUAACUUCUCUGACUUUCAAUGUUGGUGACCUUACAGAAGAGGUCGAUUUAGAGACACCGCUGCACAUAAAUGAGGAAACGGAGGAGGAGGAGUUAAUGAAAUACUCGCAACACACAUUUGAUCCUCAUAAUUUUGUUUCCUCGGUCAAUGGAAGAAUUGGCUUCGAUGAAAAAAUAUAUGCAGAUGACGAUGCUCUAAAGCAGGAACUUCUAGUCGAUGACGACAUUGACAUGGAUACCACAGAGCCUGGUGUAGGCGAGGAAACCAUGUGUCAAAACAACACAAUAUGGACAAAAUCAGAUGAAUAUGCAGAGAGAAUUUGUGGAAAUAGUUUCCAAAUUGAUGAUGGAGGUGCUGAUAGUGAAGGUCUCGAUAUUCCAACUAUUCCAGUCCUUCAAACUUUAUACCCAGUAAACAGAACAGAUGUUGGUUCACCGUCGAGGACGUUUGACUCGGAGUGUUCAGUAACAUCUUCACUCCCAUGCUACCACGGAGAGUCACUUUGUAGUGAAUCAGAAGGUACAGAUAUUACCCAAGAUGAUUUUUUAUGCUCUGAGGACGGUUUGGAGGGUGAAAACGAGCAAGACUAUGCUGUUCAUCUUAUGAAAGCGCACAUGGAGGAGGGAGGCAUUUCAGAUGUCACCUCUGGGAGGCGUUAUGACCUGGAGGCAGCGCUCAGUCUGGGCCUAGUUGACCAUACGACAGCACUGAAACUGCUUGACUUACAGUCGGAUGAAACGGGAAGCGUUGUAGAUGAUGACGAGGACACAAUGUGUGUUUUAAACCAGCCAGUGUCAGAUGGAUUCACAUCUUCAAAUAUUUAUAUAAUGGAACAGCAGAGCUUAUCUAAGUCUGUUUGCACCAUUAGUAUCAGUGAGUCAUAUGAGUCUGGAUUAGUUAAAGAUGAACGCGUUGAUUUAGACCCUAAAACCAGCGUUAACACAGAAGAAAACUGCACUCUCUCCAUCUCUGAUCAUAAUCUGCAUUUGAUUAAUAAUAAUAAUGAAGCUGAUGACAUGCAGACUGAGAGAAAUGUUGCUGUCAUGGUGCUUGAUCUGACCGAUGAGGAGACUGAUAACCAAGAGAAAGAGAGUGAAAAUGGAAUAGACGUAGAUUGUGAGACAGGAAAUGUAGGAGAGAUGAGUAAUUCUCCAGAUCCUUCUCCUCCCUCUGUUAGGGGUCACAAGUCUCUGAUGAUCUCACCCGCCUCAUGGAGUCAAGUUACGGCAGAGUGUAUUCAUCACAUGGACAGAUCGUGUUUACCGGCUGAAGGCAGUGACUCACAGGGUGUGAUCAAUAACAUGUCGACAGAUGAGGCUGGCGUGAUAGAAAACGCUGCUCCAGCUACAGAGUCAAGACCAUCUAGCGUGAGUGACAGAACCUCGGGCAGCAGCACUGAUCCAAAAAGCCACACUCAAUAUGCCGCUCCUAUUAAUCACUGUAAAUCUGACAGCUCACCCAUAGAUGAUGAUUAUUUCAUUGCCGGAUAUGAAGUGGCUGAUCAAACGGUUAGUGAGAGUGACUUAGACGUGUCCUCAUCACGCCGCGAUGUGUUGUGUGAAGAAAGCAGAGCGGAGAAUGACACAAGUGCAGUUCAGUCACCUUUCGACUGCGAGCAAACUCCAAGCAUAGAUUACUCAUUGCAGAGAGAUUUGGUCCAAAGCGCAAUCAUGUCAGAGUCCAGGGGUAAUGGUAACUAUGACAACAGCAUUACAGAAGAUGGCAGCAGAAUCACAUUACCUCAGCGAGCAGCGCUUCGCUCAGAAAGUGAUUUUAGUGUCGGCUCGGAGCCCAGCUGCUCUGACAAUGGUGAGAGAGCUCCACGGUCAAACGUUGUUUCCAAUGAAAUCAUCGCAACUAAUGCUAUCAAUCUGAAGUGCUCUGAUGUUGAAGAUUCAGAGUACGACACUCUAACUACCACCAGAGUUUCUCCUGAAGCAGUACAGGCUGAUGAAGAUGUGUCACAGCACAGUGCUGCAGAGGAUGUCGAGUUGGGCACAGACAGUCUUUCCCCAGAGAGGCAACAUGAGGACAUUUUCACAGUCAGUGAUAUGGAACAGAUCUCUGUGUCAAAAAAUGCACAGACAGCAAGUGAUGAAGAAAAUGCAGAUACUGGUGGAAAUGUCUAUGCGACAGAAAUGAACUCAGGACAGUCUGAAACUAUAAUGAGAGUAGGUUCAGAUAUUCUACCAGAGGUAAACAGAUUAGAUCAGUGUGCUUCUAAGCAUCCCCAGGUAGAUACUGACUUCCUGUCUGAUACUUCCUCUUCAGAUCCAUCAGUGUUUUAUGCUGUAAGGACAUGUGUGGAUGACGAGGAGGAACUCAUUACAAAGGGUCCUGAUGUCAGUGAUUUGCAAAAGGCACAAACUCAAGACGUUGAAAGUGCUAUCGCUGUAGUUCAGAAUACUCCACAACCUUUAGAGGAAGGUGGUUUUCACGGAGGGGACGCACCUCAGGGACUAAUUCAGAGCAGUCACCCUGACCUUCUCAUGGAUUUGCUGAAGCAAAACGCCCUCAGAUCAAACAAGAAAGAAAUAGGAAACUCAGAGCUGAUAAUGCAGGAAGAGAAAGUCGGUGAAAAGUCAGAAAAGCAGUCUGACGCUCCAAAUAUCCAGCUGCAACUGCUGCAGGUUCUUAAGACUGUUUCCUCAAGUCAAGACCUUUCGAUGCUUCAGGAAGUGAUGGACACUCUCAACAGUGCUCUGGGGGUUGACUCCCUGGGGCGUGACUCUCAGGAGGAGCGGCAGCACACACUGGAGAGCAUCAAGGAGGAGAGCUCAGAGGGAGAAGAUGAAGAGUCAGCAGAAGAUGACUCGGGUCUCUUCGGCUCUACCGCAGGUCACCAGCUGUCUCCUCAGUCGUCGGGCAGCUCAGAUGCAUGCAGAGUUGAUGAGGUCAAAAAUAAGCUGUUCUCCAUCCAAGAUUUUUUGGAGUGUGUUGGCAGACUGCAGGAUCACGCUGAUGUUUUAGAAGAUGUCAGAAAAGACCUUAUAAUCCAGGCACCCAUGAGCAACAACAUGGAAGAACUGCAGAUCCAAAUAGAGGAUUUUCAGUCUCUGGAGUCCCACAUUUCUAGACUGGCUGGUGUUAUGAGAGAAGAUAUGGAGAAAGCCAAACAGCUCCUGAAUUGUGUUGAUGAGGACAUUCCCGUACAAAUCCACCAAGAUUUGGCCUCGACGUAUCUCGAUUUAGAGCCAAAUUUUACUGCUGUUACCCAAAUGUGUGCAGGAAGGAGUCACUCCCUAAUUCAAGCAAUGGAAACGGGAAAAGUACAUUUGGAAUCAACGUACCAGAAACAUCUUAGUGAUCUUAAUGAACUCGCGGGCCUCCUCCAAAACAACUCAGAGGUGUGUGACGUGGAUUUGAACCCAUGUGAUGUGGACGCACUGAAACAUUUGAUUCAGCAGAACAAGGACACAGAGAGCAGUCUGCUGAAAGAUGGCAGGCUCAAGUUAGAGGAUGUCACAUUUGAUAUCCAGUGCUUUAUUUCUGAGCACGCUCAGUUUCUGAGUCCACCUCAGAGCAGCUACCUCCUCAAGUUCCUCAGCACCACACAGCGAGCGUUCAGGGACCAGACAGAGAGGCUUGUUACCCAGAGGAGCGCCUUAGAGGGCCUACUGGACACCGGAGAGAGGGAGAGCCAGGAGAAGUCUUUAUUGGAAAAACACAAGGAGUUUACAGAGAAGUUGGAGGAAGUGUGUGAUAACCUCACCCUGACAGAAAACCAGCUGAUUGGUCAUCAGCAACAGUCUGAAAAUGCUGAGUGUGUCACCGACCUGCAGCAGUACCAGCAGGAGCACCAGGCUCUGCAAAAAGACGUGUUGACAAACGCCAGCGCCUUGAAUGAGGUCAUCUCCAGUACUAAAAAGUUUCUGGAGGAAAACCGGAGCAAGCUGACACCAGAUCAAAUCGUCACCGUUGAGAGCAAGUUGGAAGAGGCUAAAAGCAAAGCCACGCUCAUUAACCAGCGGGCUGAGGAGUCCAGGAAAGAUUUGGAGAAGGUUGUGACCACAGCCAUAAAACAGGAGAGCGAAAAGGCAGCAGCUGUUGAGCGGCUUGAAGAAAGUAAAAACAAAAUCGAAGGCCUCCUGGACUGGAUAUCCAACAUAGGCAAUGAAAACGAGAGCGGUCUGGAUAAAUCUGACCAUAUAAGUAAAGAAAAUGGAAAUCUGCCAGAAGAAACUUCAGCCACAGGACAGAUAAGAGAGGAUGACGAUGCCAAUGGAAACGCUUUACAGACCACUGAGAAUGAUUCUGGCAGCGGGAAGGACGAUGCUUCCCUGGACCUCGAUAAGCAGCAUGACAGGGUCAAGGCCCGUCAUCAGGAGAUUCUGUCCCAGCAGCAGGAUCUCAUCAUGGCCACACAGUCAGCCCAGGCUCUGCUCGACAAGCAGGCGAACGUGCUGUCUCCUGAGGAGAAGGAGAAACUGCAGAAGAACAUCCAGGAGCUGAAGGGGCGCUACGAGGUCUCGCUGACGCAGGCUGAGCAGCAGAUGAAGCAGGUGCAGUGUGUCCAGGAGGAGCUGAAGAAGUUCCAGGGUGACUGUGAGGAGUUUGUCGGCUGGUUAGACCAGGCGGAGGGACAGGUGGAGCAGCUGGGCGCUCCUGCAAGCUCCCUCAAUAUCCUCAGUGACAAACUCCAGCGACAGAAAAGCUUCUCAGAAGAUGUGAUUUCCCACAAAGGGGACCUCCGCUUCAUCACCAUGUCAGGACAGAAAGUGCUGGAUGUGGCUGACACCUGUCGAUUGGGCGACUCUGCGGCUAAGAACGCUCUGCUGGACGUGGAUACUUCAGGAACCUGUUCUGCUGUCAAGGACAAGUUGGACUCAGCAGCCAGCAGAUACAAAACACUACAUUCCCAGUGCAAUCAGCUUGGCAACAACCUCAAAGAUGUGGUUGACAAAUACAAGAAGUAUGACGACUCGAGCGCCGGUCUUUUAAAGUCGCUCAACAACUCCGAGGAGGAGGCGAGAAAGCAGCAAUCAGAGGCCAUAGCAGCUGAUCCACAAACACUACAGAAACAGCUGGAGGAGACCAAGGUCCUACAAGGUCAGAUGACAGGACAUCAGACUGCUAUUGACACACUACGCAAAGCGGCUGAGUCUUUGAUAACAUCUGAAGGAGACCUGUUGAACAACUCAGAUGACAUCCAGGAGACAGUAGAUGACAUCAUUGAGCGCUACGACAAUCUGUCCAAGUCCGUGAGUGAUCGAAAUGAAAAACUGCAGAUCACCCUGACUCGCUCCAUGAGCGUCCAGGAUGGUUUGGAUGAGAUGAUGGGAUGGAUGGAGGGAGUGGAGGCAAGUGUGAAAGAGAAAGGACAAAUUCCCCUGGACUCUGCAUCCAUUGGAGAUAUCCUCAGCAAAGAAGUAGCAUUAGAGCAGGACAUAGCAAGUCGCCAGAGCAGCAUCUCAGCCAUGAAAGCCAAGGUGAAGAAGUUUGUGGAGACGGCAGAUCCUUCUGCUGCUGCGCUCCUGCAGUCCAAGAUGGAUGCUCUCUCCCAGCGCUUCUCCGAUGCAUGUGACAAGCAUAAGCAAAAAGUUUCCCAACUGGAGCAGCUGAAGGAAAAGGUUGAGCAGUUUGACAAGGUUACAGAUAAAGUCCAGCAGUUUGUCGUGAAGCGUUCACAAGAUCUCCAUGAGACAGACGGGCCCGGGAAAACUUUCAAUGAAUUGUCUCAGCUAAUGCAGAACACUAAAGCUGAGAUGGCUGAACAUGCCAGUGAUUUGGAGAAGCUGCAGACUCUGUGCAAGGAGCUGUCUGAAAUAAGCCCCGAUGGAAACAAAGCCCAGAUCAAGAGCAAGAUGGACAAUCUCUCAAAUAUUUUCAGCACCUUCAAAGACACUGUCAAAGAAAAGGAAGAGGAGGUAUCAUCCUGUCAGGACCAGCUGGGAGAGUUCAGAUCUGCAGCGAGCGCUCUCACCAAGUGGCUGGAGCAGACCACUGAGAAAGUACCUGCGGUUCAGCCGAGCAGCAGUGUGAAAAGUCUGGAGAAGGACCUGCAGAUAGUCACUGGAUUAUUAGAUGAGUGGACAUCCAAAGACCCAGCUGUCCAAGACCUGAGCAGUAAAGGAUCCGCGCUGUGCAGCCUCAUGACUUUCCUCAUGUCCCCCGCCAAGACAAAGACCCCUAACAAGUCAGCUCUUACUAAUGGUGGUGGUCCAGCGAGCCAUUCCUACCUAACCAAUAAAGAGCUGAUGGUCAUUCAGCAGAACAUGUCAUUCGUCAAUGAGGGAUACUCAAGCCUCGGGAAACUGCUGAAGAGUCGAGCAGCUGAGCUGAGUAGUUCGGUGCAGGAGGUGAAAGAGGCUAAAAAGGAGACGGACAACAUGAUGACAUGGCUGAAGGACAUGAAAAACACUGCAGCAUCCUGGAACAAAGCAGCCACAGAGAAAGAUUCAGUGAAAACACAGCUGGAACAGCAGAAGGCAUUUGAGGAUGUCAUGAAGCAAAAGCAGGAGCAGCUCCAGAAGCUCAGAGAGACGCUCCUCAACUUGAUUAAGACUCAUCCAAACUCCCCCGAGGCAGCAAAAUGGAAGCAGAUGCUGUCUGAAAUAGAUGCUGCUUGGGCAGAUAUUAGCAGCUCUGUAGAGGACAGGAAGCAGCACCUGGAGCAGUCCAACAAGAACCUGGACAUCUUCCAAACAACUGAGCUGCAGCUUGGUCAGUGGCUUUCAGAGAAAGAGCUGAUGAUGAGUGUCCUUGGACCCCUCUCGAUAGACCCAAACAUGCUCAAAAUGCAAAAGCAACAAGUUCAGAUCCUCCAGAACGAAUUUAAGAGCCGCAAACCUCAAUAUGAGCAACUGGAGGAAGCUGCCUCUUCUAUCCUGAGCUCCUCAGGCAACCAGGACCCCUCAAGUGGGAAGCUGGUGAGGGAGCAGCUCGCUGCCGUUACCCAGAAGUGGCAAGGCCUCACCGGACAGCUCGACCAAAGAGACAGCGUCAUCGACCAGGCCGUGGUGAAGACGGCCCAGUUUCAGGAUUUACUGAGGAGUGUCAGUCAGACUGCCACUCAGCUGGAGAAUCAGCUCACCAACCAUCAGGGCCACAGCACCCAGCCCGACGCUGUGAAGAAGCAGUUGGAGGACGUCCAUAACAUCUCGGCUCAGCUGAGAGAUGAGAAGAAGAAGCUGAAGGAGGCCGAGACCAUAAACACAGAGCUCACAGCGAUGGUGACGGAAGAAUAUCUAAAAGCAGACUUGGCCAGACAGCUGGAGAGUGUCAGCAAGCCUUUCAAACAGCUGGAAGAGAAAGCAGCAAAACGGAUCGAGCAGCUCAACUCAACCUUUGCCAGCUCUCAGCAGUUCCAUCAGACCUCCAAAGACUUCCAGUCAUGGCUGGGUGAGACGCUCCAGGAACAGUCGAAGCCGCAACCCAUUUCCGCCAAAGUGGACGUCCUGCAACAAACCCUGGAGGAGCACAGCAAACUCCAGAAGGCGCUCAGAGAACAUGAAGAAGCUUAUAACACAAUCAGUGGGGAAGGGGAGAUGCUUCUGCAGAAAACUGACGGUGCAGAAAAGUUGGCGCUGCAAGGACAGCUUACUACCCUCUCUUCCGACUGGGAGGAGGUGAAGAAGAGCUCCGUGGAGCAAGCUGAAAAACUCCAGACGGCUCUGCAGAAAUCUCUGAAGUAUCAGGAGCACGCAGAGAAGCUCAGCUCUUGGAUUCAAGACUGUGAAGAGAGUGAGAGCCGAGUCAAACUCACUGUUGAUCCAGUUGCUGUGGAGAGCUCCAUUUCUCAGGUGAAAGCUCAGCAGAAGGAUGUCGACAAGCACAGGGGGAUGGUGGAGCAGCUCAACGCGGCUGCAGAUAGCCUUCUUGAGGUGGUCAACGCAGACACUGAAGCUAUCAAAGAGGAGAAGGGUAGCAUUGGCAAAAGAGUGGACAAUGUAGUGGAAGGUCUGCAGAGCAAAAGGGACGUCCUGGAGAAGAUUUCACACACAGUUAAGGAGUUUAACGAUGCCUAUAAAGAGGCAACGGGUCAGCUCGAGGGGGCGAAGAAGCAGGUGGAUACAUAUGAAUCACAGGGAUUGCAGGCACACAGCAACAAGAAUCUGACCAACAUGAAAGCCCAACAUAAGAGUUUAGAGGGAGUGCAGAACCAAGUGGAGCACCUGAAGACGAUGGCCAAGGACCUUGUGGUCGAUGUCCCAGAUGCUGAUGGAGUAACAGACCUCUUACUGCAGGCUGACAGCAUGGAAAAAGACUUCAGCACGCUUAACAAGAAACUAGAGGAGACGUGUCAAGUGUUGGAGGGCAAACUGCAGGGUAUCGGGCAGUUCCAAAACCGCAUCCGUGAGAUGUUCACCUCUUUCACCGACCUGGAUGAUGAGCUGGACAGCAUGGCUCCUGUGGAUCUUGACUUGGCCACUCUUAAAGAACAGCAGGACAACAUUCAGAGUUUUGUGGCAAAGCUGCAAGAGCUGAUGGCCAACACGACCAAUGCUGGAGACAGCUGUAAGAAGAUGCUCGAGACUGAAACCUCGCCCGACCUGUUAGGCCUGAAGAGAGAUCUGGAUGCUCUGAGUAAGCAGUGUGGAAAACUGUUGGACAGGGCUAAAGGCAGAGAGGUGCAGGUGCAGAGCACGCUUACCAAACUGGAGGAGUUGUACGGUAAACUCCACCAAGCGGACGAUAAACUUUGCAGUGCUGUGGGCAAGGAGGCGUCGCAGGAGGCAGUCGGCAUGGAGACGGACGUCAUCAACCAUCAGCUGGAGGCCUUUAAGGCUUUCCAGAAAGAGGACAUUGAGCCAUUGCAGACACAGCUUCAGGACAUCAGCUCCCUCGGCCACGGCCUGAUCCAAUAUGCUGCCAAAGGCACCAGCACCAAGAAGCUUGAGGACGACCUUGAGGAAGUCAACACAAAGUGGAAUACCCUCAAUAAAAAGAUUGCUGAGCGUUCAGCCCAGCUGCAUGAAGCCCUGUUGCAUUGUGGGAGGUUCCAGGAUGCUCUGGAAUCACUGCUCAGCUGGUUGACCGACACAGAAGAGCUUAUGGCCAAUCAAAAACCUCCAUCUGCAGAGUUCAAAGUGGUCAAGGCGCAGAUACAAGAGCAGAAACUCUUGCAGAGACUGCUGAAUGAUAGAAAGCCAACAGUGGAGCUGAUAAAAAAGGAGGGAGAGAAGGUUGCAGAACUGGCAGAGUUGGUGGAUAAAGAGAAGGUUGCUAAAGAGAUUGAAGGCCUCGGGCAGAGGUGGGACAGUCUGCUCAAGAAGGCUGAAAACAGGCACAAGCAACUAGAGAGCAUCUUAGUGGUGACUCAGCAGUUCCACGAGACCCUAGAGCCCCUGAGCGAGUGGCUUGCCGCUACAGAGAAACACCUAGCCAACUCCGAACCUGUCGGCACUGAGACGUCUAAGUUGGAGGAUCAGAUCUCUCAGCAUAAGGCCUUAGAGGAGGAGAUUAUGAAUCACAGUAAAGACCUGUUACAGGCCGUCAGCCUGGGUCAGAUGCUCAAAGCUGUGAGCUCAGUGGACGAAAAGGAGUUUGUUCAGUCCAAACUGGACGCCACCCAGGCCUGUUACAUAGAGCUCCAGGAGCGAUGCAGGAGGAAAGCCGAGAUGCUGCAGCAGGCUUUGGCAAACGCUCAGGUGUUUGGAGAAGACGAGGUGGCCUUCAUGAACUGGCUCAACGAGGUGCAUGCGAAGCUGAGUGAAGUGUCCGUGGAGGACUACAAAGUAGAUGUUCUUGAAAAGCAGCUGGCAGAACAACGGGAGCUGCAAAGUGAUAUUGACUUGAGGAAGAACAAUGUUGACCAAGCCAUCUCUAAUGGGAUGGAGCUUCUGAAGCAAACAACAGGUGAUGAGGUGGUUGUAAUCCAAGGCAAACUAGACGGAAUAAAAACAAAGUACGCUGAGAUCAGCUCUAUGAGUGACAGCGUUUUGAAGACAUUGGAGCGGGUUUCAAGUCUCUCCACCAAGCUGCAGCGCACCCACGAGGACCUGAGCUCCUGGCUGGAGAAAGUAGAGGCUGAGGUCAGCGCUUUUGCUGAUCAGGAACCAGUGGGCGAGCAGCUCAUUUAUGCACAAAGCAGGCAGAAGACCUUGUUGAAGGAGAGCAAAGACCAAAAACCUGUGAUGGCCAAGCUGAAUGAGUUGAGUAGCUCUCUCCUGGAUCUGAUCCCCUGGCACACUCGUGAGGGUCUGGACAAGCUGGUGACUGAGGACAAUGAGCGGUACGGAGCCGUCUGCGAAACCGUCACCCAGCAGGUCGACCAGGUCAACGCUCAUAUACUCAAGUCACAGCAGUUUGAACAGGCUGCAGACACUGAACUCUCCUGGCUGACUGAAGCUGAGAGGAAGUUGCUGUCUAUGGGCGAGAUCAGGCUGGAUCAGGACCAAACCUCAGCCCAGCUCCAAGCACAGAAGAUCUUCUCCAUGGACAUCAUGAGGCACAAAGAUGCGGUGGAUGAUAUUGUGAAAACAGGAAAGUCCAUCAUGAACAGCAAAAACCCAGAGGAGAAAGAAAUCUUGAAGGCCAGGACUCAGACUCUGUUGGAGAAGUACGGCAUCGUCAGUCAGCUGAACUCGGAACGCUGUCUACAGCUGGAGCGAGCCCAGUCUCUGGCCAGUCAGUUCUGGGAGACCUAUGAGGAGAUGUGCCCGUGGCUUCAGGAAACCAUGAGCGCCUUCAGCCAGCUGCCUCGGCCCUCCAUCGAGUACGAAACGCUCAGGCAGCAGCAAGAGGAGCUCAGGCAAAUGCGAGAGCUGAUUUCCGAGCACAAGCCCCACAUCGACAAGAUGAAUAAGACGGGGCCUCAGCUGCUUGAACUCAGCCCAGUGGAGGGAGUCCCCAUCAGGGAGAAGUACACAGCUACAGACCAACUUUACACCAAACUCAAGGCUGAUGUCAAGGAGAGAGCUGCUACUCUGGAAGAGGCCAUCUCCAAAUCUACCCAGUUCCAUGAUAAAAUUGACCCGAUGCUGGAAUCCCUGGAACGGAUCGCUGAACGCCUGCGGCAGCCUCCGUCCAUCUCGGUGGAGGUGGACAAGAUCAGAGAGCAGAUUACUGAAAAUAAAUCAGUCUCUGUGGAUUUGGAGAAGCUGCAGCCCUCUUAUGAAACACUGAAGCAGCGAGGCGAGGAGAUGAUCGCACGGUCUGAAGGAGCAGACAAGGACAUAUCUGCUAAAGUUGUACAAGACAAACUGGACCAGAUGGUGUUCCUCUGGAGCGACAUCCAGGCCUUACGGGAGGAGCGUGAGGCAAAGCUGCUGGAUGUGAUGGACCUGGCAGACAAGUUCUGGUGCGACCACUGCGCUCUCAUCAUCACCAUCAAAGACAGCCAGGACCUGCUGAGAGAGCUGGAGGAGCCCGGAGUCGAUCCUUCAGUCGUCAAACAGCAGCAGGAGUUUGUCGAGGGAUUCAAGGAGGAGAUCGAUGGGCUGCUGGAAGAGCUCGAAGUGGUUCAAAACCAAGGGGCAGAGUUUAUGACUGCCUGCGGGGAACCUGAUAAACCCGUGAUAAAGAAAAGUCUUGAUGAGGUGAACUCGGCGUGGGAAAAUCUCAAUAAGACUUGGAAGGAGAGAGUAGAGAGACUGGACGAAGCCAUGCAGGCUGCUGUGCAGUUCCAGGACGGCCUGCAGGGUAUGUUUGACUGGGUGGAUAUUCUGGAGAGCAAACUGGAUUCAAUGACCCCCGUCGGCACAGACCUGGAAACUGUCAAGCAGCAGAUUGUGGAACUCAAGGAGUUCAAAGGAGAGGCGUACCAGCUGCAGAUCGAGAUGGAGCGGCUGAACCAUCAGGCCGGUCUCCUGCUGAAGAAGGUGACGGAGGAGGCCGAUCGCUGCGCCAUCCAGGAGCCAAUGUCCGAGCUCAAGAUGCUCUGGGACAACCUGGAUGAGAAGAUCAUCAGCCGACAGCACAAACUGGAGGGAGGCCUCCUGGCUCUUGGCCAGUUCCAGCACGCACUGGACGAGCUGCUGGCCUGGAUGAGCCACACCGAGGAGCUGCUCAACGACCAGAGGAAGGCUGGAGGAGACCCCAAAGCCGUCGAGAUAGAGCUCGCCAAGCAUCACGUUCUCCAGAAUGAUGUCUUCGCUCACAAGGCGACAGUUGAGUCCGUCUAUAAGGCCGGUAAAGAUCUUGUAGAGUCCAGCGCCGGAGAGGAAGCUUCUGGUCUGCAGAGCAAACUGGAAAACCUGAACCAGCGGUGGAAAGACAUCCUGGAGAAGACAGGACAGAGGAAGCAACAACUACAGAGCGCUCUGCUUCAGGCCCAAGGUUUCCAUGGUGAGAUAGAAGAUAUGCAGCAAUGGCUGAAAGACACAGAACGUCAGCUGUUGGCAUCAAAGGCUGUGGGAGGCUUACCAGACACGGCCCGGGAGCAGCUUAACGCCCAUCUGGAGUUGUGUUCUGCCUUCGAGGUGAAGGAGGAACUGUAUCAGCAGCUGAUGAACAAGGGUCAGCAGCUGCUCGCCAUAACACCUGAGGGUCCAGACAGCAACACGGAGCAGGACCUCGGCAACCUGAAGGACAAAUGGGAAGCCGUGCACGGGAAGGUCGCUGAGAGAAAGGUGAAACUAGAGGAAGCCUUGACGCUGGCCACAGAUUUCCACAACUCUCUGCAGGACUUCAUCAACUGGCUAACCCAAGCAGAGCAGACGCUGAACAUGGUGUCCCCCGCCUCCCUCAUAAUGGACACCAUCAUGUUUCAGAUUGAUGAGCAUAAGAUGUUUGUGACAGAGGUGAACUCUCACAGGGAACACAUCAUUGAACUGGACAAGACAGGAACACAUUUGAAGUACUUCAGCCAGAAACAGGAUGUGGUGCUGAUCAAGAACCUGCUGCUGAGCGUGCAAGGCCGCUGGGAGAAGCUGGUGCAGCGGUCUGUUGAGCGAGGUCGUCUGCUGGAUGACGCCAGGAAGAGGGCGAAACAGUUCCAUGAAACGUGGAAUAAACUGAUGGAGUGGUUGGACGAGUCUGAGAGGACUCUGGACUCAGAAGUGGAAAUUGCAAACGAUCCGGACAAAAUUAAGACGCAGCUGGUGCAGCACAAGGAGUUCCAAAAAGCCGUGGGCAGCAAACACUCAGUGUAUGACACCACCACUCGCACAGGGCGCGCCCUGAAAGACAAGACCUCCCUGCAGGAUGAUAAUCAGAAGCUGGACGACAUGCUGAGUGAACUGAGGGACAAAUGGGACACGGUUUGUGGCAAGUCAGUAGAAAGACAAAACAAGCUCGAGGAGGCCCUGUUGUUCUCCGGCCAGUUUACAGACGCUCUCCAGGCUCUCAUUGACUGGCUGUACAGAGUUGAACCUCAGCUGGCUGAGGACCAGCCCGUACAUGGAGACAUAGACCUGGUUCUCAACCUGAUAGACAACCACAAGGUGUUCCAGAAGGAGUUGGGAAAGAGGACAGUCAGCGUUCAGGCCCUCAAGCGUUCAGCCAGGGAGCUGACCGACAUCAGUCACGAUGACUCGUCCUGGGUCAAAGUCCAGAUGCAGGAGCUGAGCACUCGCUGGGAGACGGUGUGCAACCUCUCGGUGUCCAAACAGGCGCGGCUGGAGCAGGCACUGUGCCAGGCUGAGGAGUUUCACUCCACUGUUCAUAUCCUGCUGGAGUGGCUGGCUGAGGCUGAGCAGAGUUUGCGUUUCCAUGGCAGCCUGCCUGAUGAUGAGGAGGCUCUGCAGGCGCUUAUCGAACAACACAAGGAGUUUAUCAAGAGACUGGAGGAGAAACGAGUGGCUCUAAAUAAAGCAACCAGUCUGGGGGAAGCUAUUCUUAUCAUCUGCCAUCCAGACUCUAUCACAACCAUCAAACACUGGAACACUAUCAUUAAAGCGCGGCUUGAAGAGGUGCAGGCUUGGGCGAGGCAGCACCAGCAGCGGCUGGCCACGGCCCUCACUGAGCUGUUAGCCACUCAGGAGCUGCUGGAGAAUCUGCUGACCUGGCUUCAGUGGGCUGAGACCAACCUCAACGAUAAGGACAAGGAGCAGCUGCCGCAGGAGCUCGAUGAGGUCAAAAGCCUCAUAGCAGAACAUCAGGCCUUCAUGGAGGAAAUGACCAGGAAGCAACCAGAUGUUGACCAAAUCACCAAGACACACAAAAGGAAGGCUGCUGUGGAGCCCCCAAUCCAGUCUCACAUCCCUGUGCUUGACAAAGGAAGAACUGGAAGAAAACGUUCUCCCACACAAACGAUGUAUGCGACAGCAACACAACCUCCCAUCGAGACAAAGAACCCGCGGGUUAACCUGCUGGUCACUAAGUGGCAGCACGUGUGGCUGCUGGCUUUGGACAGAAGGAGGAAACUCAAUGAUGCCAUGGACAGACUGGAGGAGUUGAAGGAAUUUGCCAACUUUGACUUUGAUGUUUGGCGGAAGCGCUACAUGCGCUGGAUGAACCAUAAAAAGUCUCGUGUCAUGGACUUCUUCCGCCGCAUUGACAAGGAUCAAGAUGGCAAGGUGACCCGGCAGGAGUUUAUAGAGGGCAUCCUCUCCUCCAAAUUCCCCACCAGUCGUCUGGAGAUGAGCGCUGUGGCAGACAUAUUCGACAGAGACGGCGACGGCUACAUUGACUACUAUGAGUUUGUGGCAGCUCUUCAUCCCAACAAGGACGCUUACAAACCGCUGACAGAUGCUGACAAAAUUGAAGAUGAGGUUACACGACAAGUAGCGAAAUGCAAAUGUACAAAACGAUUCCAAGUGGAGCAAAUUGGUGCCAACAAAUACCGGUUCUACCUUGGAAACCAGUUUGGAGACUCUCAGCAGCUUCGUCUUGUGCGGAUUUUACGCAGCACUGUGAUGGUGCGGGUGGGAGGAGGCUGGAUGGCUCUGGAUGAGUUCCUGGUGAAGAACGACCCCUGUCGAGCUAAAGGCAGGACCAACAUGGAGCUGCGAGAGAAGUUCAUCCUCCCAGAGGGAACCACUCAGGUGAUGGCGAGCUUCCGCUACCGAGGCCGAAGAUCUCGGCCGUCAUCCAGAGGAGCUUCUCCCAACAGAUCCUGCUCCAGCCAGAGCUGCGCGGCCCCAUCAAACCCAGCUGUGACCAGCACACCCAAGACUCCCCAACACAUACCCCGCAAUUAUGAUAAGCCCUGGCUUACAAACAGCAAACCAUCCACUCCUCUUAAAUCAUCAGACUCCUUUGAGAGCCAAGGUUCAUCCUCAGAGAGUACACCAGUUCAAGGCAGCAAAUUACGUCUUCCUGGGUACUUAUCAGGCAAAGGAUUUCAGUGUGGUGAGGAGGGGACGUUGAUCAGCGCUGCUGUACUGAAAGCUCGAACACAGACAAUAGGUGAGUCGAGAAAAAAUUCCAGCCGACCAGGAAGUAAAGCCGGAAGCAGAGGGAGCAGUCGCAGAGGAAGUGACGCCUCUGACUUUGACAUCUCAGACAUCCAGUCUGUGUGCUCAGACACGUCUGAGACGGUCGGUGACACGACCCGAGCGACGCCGCGCUCUGCGUCCCGUCAUAACGGAAGGAAACCCUCCAAGAUUCCCACUCCUCAGAGAAGAUCCACUCCUACGAGCAAACUGGCAAAGGGAUCCAAGCGAUAGUCAAUGACCUUGGAAACAAAGAACCCAGGAGCUAGUUGCACCCUAAACACGUAACGGACACUGGAGAUAUCUAACUUAAAAGACUGCAAAUGUGUUGAGUGUUAUUUAAAUGGUUGCGAAGAUGUAAAAUAUUCUGUUGAGAGGCAAUAUGGUUUAAUAUUAUGUGAGAAUGGAAUGUUAAUGGCCUUGUGCAUUUGUUUUUUAAUGUAUUUUAUUUUUUGUGAAAAAUGUCAAAUUGUUUUUAUCGUAUUUUAUUUUAUUAAUGCAAAACCUGUAGAGGUUUGAUAAACACUAGAACACCUGGGAAUGACUACGUUUAGCUAACAUUUCUAAACACACUAAUGAAGGGCAACACGCGGGGUAGCGCUCUGAGAGUUAUUGAAUGUACUGUAAUUUAUGUUUGCUGAUGUUUGGAGUAGAUGGUGCAAUAUGGUACCAUUUGAGGCACUGCAAUUAUCUAUUUAAGUGCUAUGAUAAACUGCCAACAUGCAUUUAAAGGGCAAUGCAAUAUAUUACAAUAAACCCCAGUAAGCACUGCAGAAACCUUUUUAAAAACACUAUUUAAGGCUAGUAGCAGAAACCUCGUAAUCAUGAAGCUUUUAAGUCCUGUUUGUUUGUGAGCAGCUGCAGUCCCUGUUCUGUUCCACCACUUCACAUCGGCGUGUGCAGUGACCUUGAAGAGGUGCCACUCCAUGUAGACAUUCUCUUGUGCAUCCAUGUCAAUGUAUGGUAUAUUUCGGUAGAGCUGAAAUUGUCACUGUAACAUUACUUUGUAAUAAACCUGCUUGCAGAAAGCCACCAGA